CACGGAAUUUCGUUUUAACGCGUUAAGAGCUCUCAACGCGUUUCAACGCCUUAUUGAUCCGUUCCAACGCUUCAUUAAGCUGUUCCAACACUUUGUUAGUCCGUUCCAAUGCUCGAUGCAAAAAUCAAAUUGUAAAUACUCAGCCAUGCUGUAAAAAUUCCUGUUCACAAAUGCAUGGACGCGCUUCCCCUUCACUGCCAACCACGGCCGUAGCAACCGUUCACUCACAUUUCCAUACCCUGUACUUCCAAGCCACAUGGGAGUCCCCCAUACUCAGGCAAACACACGUUCCAUGAUCCAUUGCCACAAAUUACCUUCACUUGCUUCACAUCGAUGACAUCUACCUACUUGACGGUCAAGCCACUCUCACAGCGAACGACCACUUCAGCAAGUGACAAAUCCCCAACAACCCCACCGUUCUCUUCCUGUGUCAUUUUAACCAGUGGGGUUCCAUAUGAGAGGCCGGGCGCUGAGUCGUAACAUGUCAUUCAGGGACUGCAUGGACAACGAUCCCGACCACACACAGAGUGCACCCCCCAUCAACUGUCAGUGUCCAGCGUAGGAAUCUUCCUUUAUCACUCCAUGUUCCACCACCCUCAACGUCCACCGCACAUUCUUAUUUAAGCCGCUUCAUUCACUGAGUUCUGAUUUGUGUUUGCGCUUCAUGUUCUCCUCAAUACCACUGCUGAAAUGAACAACAA